GGUCGCAUCCUGGUCUCUCUAUACGGCCGCGAUUCGUAUAAUACCAGCCAGCCUUCCUCGAGUUGUUUUCCCUUUUUCUCUCUUUCUUCUCCGGCAAGCAUUCAAACACCACAAGCUAGUUCCUUGUUUCUUCUCAUCCCUCUUCUUUUUUUUUCUUUUGCUAAACAUUAGAGCUGUGCUCUUCUGUUCUAAUAUUCAUCUAAUAUACCAAAAAUCGAAAAUCUUAUACUCAACACCAGUUGCCGGUCAACUAACCCCCCUAAUUCACAACCGCCGAUACCCCCUAAUAGAUCGAGAAACUAGCUUUCCCUUGCUCACAAAGUCCUUUGAAAAUUUUAAGAAACGACAAUUUUUGCAAUAAUAACAUUAAUCACAAUGGCAACCAUCCAGCUAUCUUUCUCUCUUCGCGUUUCUUCCGGUGUUAAGUCCGUUCACCUGCUUGGAUCUUGGGACAACUACGUCGGCCAGAUCCCCCUUUCCAAGGACAAGUCCUCCAGCAAGUCUGGAUCAUGGAAGGGUACUUUCAGAUUUCAAGGCAACCUCGAGGCUGGUCAGCGAUACUGGUACUACUACAUCAUCGACGGAUACCACGUUUCGCACAACCCCAGUGAGGCUUCUACCGUUGAGCCCACCACCGGCCGAGAACUGAACAUCCUCGAUGUUCCCAAGGACAAGUCCAGCAAGUCCUCAUCCAAGUCUCACAGCUCCAGCAAGAGCUCCUCAAAGCACAGCUCGUCUUCCUCGUCAAAGGACAAGCACCGAUCUUCCAAGCGCCCCACUCUUGACAUUCCCAAGGGCCGCCCCCUUUCUGUCUCUCAGAUCGUUGCUCCCAAGCCAAUGUCGCCCCACGCAACCCGUCACAUCCUAGAUGCUGACUACUAUGACGACGAAUCCAUUGAGGAACUAACCACCCGCUUCGACAACACCAGCUUCGAGGAGGAUGCCAUCAGCGACUUUGCCAGCUCUCCCGUUUCUUCGUCCGGCUCCAGCCUAUCGUACCGCUCAGGCAGCUCAUCGCCAAACUCAUCGCUCUCCGGCUACAGCACGCCAGCCUCAGACUGCAGCAGCUGCACUUGCGAGCGCUACGGUAUCACCCGCAAGGGCGACCGCGUCAAGAUCGACUGCGGCGGCUCCCGCUGCGGCUACAGCGACGACGAGAGCUCCUGCUCUAGCGGCGACGAGGAGUACGUCCCCCGCAGCUCCCGCCGAAACGGCAUCGUUGUUCGAUCGUGAAGACUUGCAGCACUUGGGAGAUCCCACCAAGCAGCACACCAUCAUAAUACGCCAGAAGGCCGAAGAUAGGAGAUAUCAAGGCUGUUCGCUCAUUAACGGGCAUAGAGCGCCAACUUUUCUCUUCGCUCUGCUCGUCUUGUUAUUCCAUUGCAUCAGCGACGGGUUUAUUUGCGACGGGGCCCGGACCACAAGCUGGUUCUUGACGGCCGAGCCCCGCCGCACCCGUCGCGCCCACACCAUUGGGUCGAUGCUGCGGCCCCCACGAUCGCGUCCCCCUCGUGACGCGAUCGUGCGAUCGUUUCGUAUGUUUCUGACCAUACAUCCGGAGCAGUAGCCCUUCUUCCCCCUUGCUACCCGCACAGGCGGGAGCGGAGAAGAAGGUACAAAGCCUGCUCUAGCGAAACACAGUGAGACCGUCCGCCGUGGAAACGACCGGCGACGGCUCCUGGGGAUGUUUUAAAAACCGCCAAUAUUGUGGCCCUGGAUCUGGCCUUUCGUGAAGAUCCGGGCUAGCCAUUGUAAAUACUUGUUCAUCCGCCCUCCGAAGGAAAGAAUUCAUGGAUGGACAUCGGGAGGCAGAAACUGUGUCAAUAUAUAGCUGCCACCGCAAGGUGGAUAGAAGACUAUUGAAUCUAUUCAUCAAACUCUG